AUGAAGAUAACAAGAGUCUUCCUUCUUAGUGUCUUGGCCUUGCUCAGUUUAUCUGGCAAUAUUGCAGCUUAUUCCAGUGGAAGAAAGGCUAACUGCGAUUAUACAAUGGAUGGAUGUCCCAAGAUUUAUGAUCCUGUCUGUGGGACUGAUGGUAUUAGUUAUGGCAAUGAGUGCACACUGUGUGCCGAAAAUCUGAAGCGCCAGGUUCCUGUCCUCAUUAGAAAAUCUGGGCCUUGCUGA